AGGUCCCAUACCUGUACUGCCUGCCUACACCAAAAUAGUAACUAUGUGCACAUACAAAUUCUUUUGUGGGAACAUUUUAUACUUUUGUGUGCAGUUUUUAAAAACUGUGUGCUCAGGUCAGAAUUAAUACAAAAUUUAGUUUAUUCACUCAAAAUUCUUGUUUUUGUGCGAGCGCACGAUCGGACUGCUUAGAGGGGUGCAACUAAAUGAUAAGGACACAUAUGUUGGAAACGAGUUUAUUUUUCAUUAUUUCCAUAGUUACAGCUUUUAUUGUCAUGCCAUUGUUUCAGAUAAUAUCACUUUGUGCAGUAUAGUUUAUACAGUCAUGCAGCUGCUUUAUAAUUCUUUAAGUGUAAUUGACCAGUUUUGUGUUUCCAUGGUUACAGCUUUCAUUGUGAUGUCAUCCGUUCCAGUAACAACUUUGUGUUUCCAUGGCUACAGCUUUCAUUGUGAUGUCAUCAGUUCUAGUAACAACUAGAACAAUGAAGUGUUUGAUAUUAUGGAAUGGUUUCCAUGGUUACAGCUUUGUGAUUUCAUUAGCUAAAGUAACAUCUUCUUGUGCAGUGCAGUGUUUGUCAUUAGUGUAGAAAUGGCAGGAGCAGAGAUGGAGCUGCUUUUGUUUUUUCUAACUAUUUUUCAUCUUUUUCAACAAUUUGAAACCUCUAAUCGAAUAAUUUGUGGAAACCGACCUUUGUAUGAAAGUUUUUACUGGUCCCAGGAAGUAAAUGGAGUGAGUACAGCACAAGGAAAAUGGCCCUGGUUAGUCAGUAUCCAGCAAAAGGAAGGAGAUAGAUAUGAACACAUCUGUGCAGGGAUCAUCCUCAACACACAGUGGGUUGUGACUGCUGCCCACUGCUUCAACAAUCUGAAUGGUGAGAACACAGCGAGCACGUUGCGGCUAGUGUUUGGAAUACGGACCGUAACGGCAGACAUACCCCAGAAUUUGGUCCGUAAAUUUCAGAAGAUCAUUCGGCACGAAGAAUAUAAUCCGCAGAAUGCGCACAACGAUAUCGCCUUGAUACAAGUGGACAAACCUAUUGAAUUCAACAGCGAGUCUCAAGUCGCUUGUAUUCCCAUGCCGUCUGCUCAACUUCAGCACUUUACAGAGUGUUACAUUGCAGGAUGGGGUAGUCAUGAUGAAUCUGCGGAACCAGUGAGAAUCAUGCAGGAAGCAAAGGUUGAGCAAAUUUGA